AUGGCCGACAUAUCAAGCAUGACGCCAGAACAGUACCUGGAGUACAUCAAUGGGCCGGCCGCCAUGCCACCCGAUGGUGAGAUGCCAGACUUCACAAGAAUUGACAACGAGAACGGGAUAGCCACCUUCGUUCUGAUCUUCAACAUUACCAUACCAACAAUCUUCACCUUGUUUUACGCAUAUGCCAGAGUCUUUGUGUACAAGGACUUCGUUCAUUCGGAUGUGUACUUUUUCUUCUCGUACGCAUUGUUCAUUUGCUUCUGUGCAUUUGCCUUCAAGAUUAUGCAUAGCUUUGGAUUCCAUGUCAAUCAGUGGGAUUUCAUGGUAAAAGAGAUGCCCCUAUUUAUGGCAGACACCUUCACCUCCACCAUUUUCUACAUCCUCGGUGCCAUGUUCUGCAAGAUUGCGAUCUUGCUACAGUGGACUCGAAUUUUCACACCAAGAGGAACGCGAACGGACCGAAAGCGCAAAGUCAUGUUUUGGUUAUCCAUGUUUGCCAUCUUCUUCAACCUUGCAUACCACCUCGUCGCUGUCCUCACCGUCAUUAUCCCGUGUGCUCCAUUCUACGGCAAUGAUGAGCGCGGCGCGCAGCUCUUUACAUGCGUGCCGGAAAUAUACUUUGACUUCAUCGAAGCUUGCCUCAAUGUCGCUUUAGGGUUCCUCAUCAUGGCUAUUCCACAGCAGGUUAUUUGGAGCCUUCAAAUGCCGUUUAGAGAGAAGCUCGGUAUCUCCAUACUCUUCUUCAUUGGUGUUGGUGCGAUUGGUGUCGCCAUCGCCAGAGUCGUCGUUUGUGUUCAAUGGUUCAGGGACAGAGGCAUCUUUGGAGAUGCUGACCCCACGACUGUCAACUCUACGUAUGGCAUGGCAGAUCAACUGUACAUCAUCACCGUUGAACAGGCUCUCCAUAUCCUCAUCUACACCCUACCGGCAACUCCCAAGGCUAUGAAGAGCUUGGGCGUCACGAGGGUGUUCUCGUCCAUUGGAUCCUCCUUUUCCACUCUCGUUCCACUGCUGUCGAAGAGUAGAGAUACCUUAUCGUCUUCGAACAAACGCUCGGACAAGCAUCUCAAGCUGUCUGGAUCGGAAGCCGACGAGGCCGUUCUUAUGAGCCUCGAGAGUUAUCCUGCAUCGACGCGGAUUGAUUCGUCACAUGGGAGAGAUGUUAAGGGGAAGCCUUCUAUGAAUUCUGUGCGGACAGACUGGUCCAAAAGAUCGGGUGAACCUCCCAGGACCAUGGCAAGGCCUUGA